AUGGAUAAAUCCAACACCUCUGACGAACCUCGCCAUUCGCGUACAUUCGUCCGACUACUGAUUGCAGCGUUCUUCUUGGUGACGAUUAUUCUGGUCGUUGUUUCCAUUGCUUUACUUCUGACACAAGAACGUAAAUAUUUCCUGAGUUUUUCCACUAUUUAUUACCUUUUUGUAUUUAACGGCAGUAUUGUUGACUGUGGGCAGCUCAAGCAAGCCAUUUUAGCAGUACAUCUCAGCGAAGAUGAAUCACAUCUACCGCUAUCCUCGAACGAAAACAGUAGUCGAUCUACUACUAGAUUAUCGUUUCGAAACUACCGUCCUGAAUAUCGGAAAUUCACAUUUGAUGAUCUUUUCUCCGGAAAAGUGUUCCUCAAAGACACAUACACGACGUCAUGGACACGAGAUGGAGGUCUCGUACGGACGAAGGAUGAAUAUUCCGAGAUUCCUUCGGUAGCAACCGUUAUCAAACCAGGAACGUUCGAAGCUGUGCCAUAUCUGUCGGAUUCUUCUUUUAUGAACACAUUAUCGUCGAACAAUAGAUACGCCUAUAAGUCAGAGACAAUCAAACCAAUAUUCCGUUACUCUAACGAAGGCCUCUAUGAGAUUUUUCGGAUAGAAAACGGUACAAGAAUAGGAAAGUCGUUUCCCGUUGGUCCAACCGGAAGUGGUACUGAGACGGUCCUCAUUUUCAAGUGGAAUCCAAAUCGAAAUAUGAGCGACUUUGUAUUUGUUCACGAUUACAACCUCUACUACCAAGCCGAUCCAGAGAAACCGGGAAGCGCUCGACAACUAACGAAAGAUGGCCAUUAUCUAUUGCGUUACGGUGUAGCGGAUUGGCUAUAUGAAGAGGAAAUUCUAUCGUCAGCAGAUGCAAUCUGGUGGUCUGAUUCGGGAAACUACAUUUCUUACCUGAGGUUUGACGAUCGUUCUGUGAAUCGGAUUUAUAUACCAAAAUACUUCAGGAAUUCACAAUAUCCACAGUAUAUGGAAAUACCGUAUCCGAAGGCAGGUGUUGAAGAAAAUCCGCAGGUCACUUUGUAUAUAUGGCCGAUGAAGAGGGGUAAAGCUGUGGUUGCUGAACCGCCGGCUCAGCUAGUUGGAAUGAACCAGUCAUACUAUGUUUUUUCCAAUCAGUGGAUCAGAAUGCCGAAGUACUUGUAUAGCGAACUCGGUGAGGAACGGCUGGUGACAGUAUGGGCUAACCGUGAACAGAAUCUCGUCUAUAUUACAUUAUGCAAUGAAAUGGACUGCGCUCUGACUUACACACAAUCAUUCACUAUCAGUGGUCGAAGUUUAUCAGCUGAACCGACGGAUUUCAAGACGAUAUUGGCGUCAGAGCUCGGAUUCUUCGUCAUUCUUCCUCAUGCUUACCAUGAUGGAAACAUUUACAAUCAUAUAGCCCACAUCAGGAUAUUGAGAAACGGUAGUGGACGAAUUACGACGUGGCAUGGUGGCGCUUACGAUAUAAAGGAGAUGAAGGGCUACGAUAUAAAGACUGAUACCCUCACCUUCACCUCAUCUGGUCAAGGUGUUGGUACAAUGCGGCUGUAUAGAUUAGCACGAGCUACCUCAACAAACCAGUCAUCGACAAUCGUGCUCUCUUCGAUCGUCUCCAAUUGCGACUAUGGCACAUACGAUGUGUCACCAGAUGGCAAGCGAGCUGUUCUCGGUUGCUUACAACCAUUUAAAAAUACUAAAUUGUACCUCAUGAAUGUAGAUAUGCCUAGUAAUAAUAGACUACUAGAUGGCGCUGAAGAAGCUCAUAUCCCAUUCGACCUUCCUGAGCUCUCCUAUGAGACUGUUAGGCUACCCUCAGGUUAUGAAGUCCACAUUGGCCUAAUGAAACCACCUAAAUUCGACCCAUCACUGAGAUAUCCCAUGCUCGUCGAUUUAUGGUGGUCCAAACAGUUGUCGGAUCCGUCGAUCUACACCGAACCCCAAUAUGAUUCAUUUUUGCUCGAGCCUCGGCGUGAUCGUGGCAUGGAUUGA